GUCUCUUCCAACCGCGGAGGUUGUGUCAUUUCCGGAAUAAGAUGGCUGCAGUGCGUGUGCUGAGAACCUGCAGCCUCAAAGCGGGGCGGCUGAUCUGUGUUCGCUACUUUCAAACAUGUAGUAAUGUUCAUGUUUUGAAGCCAAAUUAUGUGUGUUUCUUUCGUUAUCCUUCAUUCAAGUAUAGUCAGCCACAUCAGCUGCUGAAAACAACUGCUGUUCUGCAGGGACAGAUUGUCCAGUUCAAACUCUCAGACAUUGGAGAAGGAAUUAGAGAAGUAACUGUUAAAGAAUGGUAUGUAAAAGAAGGAGAUACAGUGUCUCAGUUUGAUAGCAUCUGUGAAGUUCAAAGUGAUAAAGCUUCUGUUACUAUCACUAGUCGUUAUGAUGGAGUCAUUAAAAAACUGUAUUAUAAUCUAGACGAUAUUGCCUAUGUGGGGAAGCCAUUAGUAGACAUAGAAACAGAAGCUUUAAAAGAUUCUGAAGAAGAUGUGGUUGAAACUCCUGCCGUGUCCCACGAUGAACACACGCACCAAGAGAUAAAGGGCCAAAAAACGCUGGCAACUCCUGCAGUUCGCCGCCUUGCAAUGGAAAACAAUAUUAAGUUGAGUGAAGUUGUUGGCUCAGGAAAAGAUGGCAGAAUACUUAAAGAAGAUAUUCUCAACUAUUUGGAAAAGCAGACAGGAGCUAUAUUACCUCCUUCACCAAAAGCUGAAAUUGUGCUGCCUCCACCGAAACCAAAAGAGAGAACCAUUCCUGCAGCAAUAUCAAAGCCUCCGGUCUUCACAGGCAAAGACAGAACAGAACCCAUCAAAGGCUUUCACAAAGCAAUGGUCAAGACCAUGUCUGCAGCCCUGCAGAUACCUCACUUUGGGUAUUGUGAUGAGGUUGAUCUUACUGAACUGGUUAAGCUACGGGAAGAAUUAAAACCCAUUGCUUUUGCUCGUGGAAUUAACCUCUCAUUUAUGCCUUUUUUCUUAAAGGCUGCUUCCUUGGGAUUACUCCAGUUUCCUAUCCUUAACGCUUCUAUGGAUGAAAACUGCCAGACUAUAACCUAUAAGGCUUGUCAUAACAUUGGGAUAGCAAUGGACACUGAGCAGGGAUUGAUUGUCCCUAACGUGAAAAAUGUCCAGCUCUGCUCCAUAUUUGAGGUCGCCACUGAGUUGAACCGCCUCCAAAAAUUGGGCUCUACAGGUCAGCUCAGUACCAUUGAUCUUACAGGAGGAACAUUUACUCUUUCCAACAUUGGAUCAAUUGGUGGUACCUAUGCGAAACCAGUGAUACUGCCACCUGAAGUAGCAAUUGGGGCUCUUGGAGCAAUUAAGGCCCUUCCCCGAUUUAACCAGAAUGGAGAAGUAUACAAGGCACAGAUAAUGAAUGUGAGCUGGUCAGCUGAUCACAGAAUUAUUGAUGGUGCUACCAUGUCACGCUUCUCUAAUUUGUGGAAGUCCUACUUAGAAAACCCAGCUUUUAUGCUACUAGAUCUGAAGUGAAAGUUAAUAGACAUCGUUGAACUUUCCAAGC